GGUCGCCAUAAACAGAUGAGAUAGACAGUCGGCACACAUCCAUUUGACAUACUUUUAUUUAAGACUUUUAAUAAGCAUAGUGUGCCCAUCUUGGGCUCCUUAUUUGUUGUUCAGACUUACACCAAACGUAUUAUCUCGCGCGCAUUUUGCGCAGCCUAUUUUUGAUUGUAUUUUUGGGGAAGAAACAGGCGUCUUUGAAGGAGUGAUCUGAACGCACCCUUGAAACGAGAAGUCUAACCAACAACGUUCUUCGAGUUGACUUUUAGAAGAAAGGAAACACACAAGUGUCUUCCCGACUCUUAACCCGCGGAAGUCAUGGAUCCAAUGCACUCAGGAAUGCGUUACACCCCAAAAGCCACGGAGCAUGAGUGGGACCCGUCACUUCAGUUUCUGCCAGCGUCCGACUCCAAAAAGCUGGAGAAGAAGAAAGGGCUGAAGGCGGGAGCUGUGAUUGGUCUGAUUGUCUUCUUCCUGGUCAUAUCGCUGAUGACGGGACUCCUGGUCUGGCACUUCCACUUUCGCAAGGUGGUCAAAAUAAAGAAGAUGUACACUGGAUCCAUGAGGAUAACCAAUCAAGUUUUCGUGGACUCAUAUGAAAACCCCAACAGCACAGAGUUUAAAACUUUGGCCAAACAGGUUUCUUUAGAGCUGAGAGAAAUCUACUCCAAGACACCGCAGCUGUCAAAAUACUACAUCGACUCCACAAUACAAGCUUUUAGUGAGGGCAGCGUGAUCGCGUACUACACAUCCGAAUUCCACGUUCCUUCGGGACAUGAGGACUCUGUGGACCGUGCCAUGUCCUCAAUGGACCAGAUAGUGCACAAGUCACAGGAGCGACGACGAACGGCCAAGUUGACUAGUGGCAAGCCAGUUGACCUGGUCUUCGAUGAUGUUGUGACGGCAGAAUUGGACACACGACUCUUUCAAACACCAAAAGCACUGAGAUUCUACCAGCACACCAGAUCCAACCACAUCGGGAUCCUGGAGUCUCCAGGCUUCCCCAACUACCCCUACCCACCCAACCAAAUGGUCCAGUGGCAGCUGAGGGCGGACAGAGGAUACGUCAUCAAGCUGGACUUUGACACGUUCAACUUGGAGGAGAACUGCAAAAAUGACUUUGUGAGGAUCUAUGACUCGCUGGUGGCCAUUGAAAGCCGUGUGAUGGACGAAAUCUGCGGGUAUUACUCGCCCAGUGAUCACCUGGCAUACGUCUCCUCUGGGAAUGUCAUGCUCGUCACAUUUGUCACCAACGAGGCCAGGGACUACCCAGGGUUCAGGGCCCAUGUCUCCCAAAUCCCUGCCACCACUGGAGUAAUGAAAUGUGGUGGAACCCUGUCAGCAAGUAGUGGCACGUUCAAGUCUCCAAACUACCCAGACUACUACCCUCCUUUUACCAGCUGUGUUUGGUCCAUCCAGGUGCCAUCUGGAAAGUAUAUAAAAGUGACGUUUGAAAAGUUUCUCGUUUCUGAACCUGGUCAAGAUGGUACAUCGUGCUCUAAGGACUAUGUGAAGAUCAAUGGAAAGAAGUUAUGUGGUGAAUUCUCAAAUGUAGUGGAAACUGCAGAAGAGAGCUAUCUGACCGUGGUCUUCUCCUCUGAUGCAUCUUAUGUGGAUCGCGGUUUUACCGCCAAAUACGAGGCAUUCGAACCCAAGGACCCUUGCCCCAAGAAGUUCAUGUGUGGCAACAGCAACUGCAUCGACCAGAAGCUGAAGUGUGAUGGCUGGAAUGACUGCGGAGACAACAGUGACGAGAGUGACUGCAAAUGUUCUUCCUCUCAGAUCAGCUGUAGAAAUGGAAUGUGUAAACCCAAGUUUUGGCUGUGCGACGGCGUCAAUGAUUGUGGGGACAACACCGAUGAACAGAACUGUGGUUUCUGUUCCAAAGAACAGUUCACUUGCCCACAUAACAACAAGUGUAUCUCGGAGAAGCAGAAGUGUGACGGGAGAGACGACUGUGGAGAUGGGUCUGAUGAGGCAGAGUGCGCGAGAUCCAAUGAAGUGAAAUGCACACAGUACACCUACCAGUGUAAAAACAAGAAGUGUGUCAGCAAGCUGAAUCCUGAAUGUGAUGGCACCAACGACUGCACUGACGGCUCAGAUGAGGAGAACUGUGAUUGUGGAAAGCAGCCUUACAAGACGUCCCGUAUCGUGGGUGGUCAGGACGCGUCUCAGGGGGAGUUCCCCUGGCAGGUCAGCCUCCACAUCCGCGGCUCCUCCCAUGUGUGCGGCGCCUCCAUCAUCAGCGACCGCUGGCUCGUCACGGCUGCUCACUGCGUACAGGACGACGCCAAGACCAGAUACUCUCAGCCAGGCACCUGGGACGUGUACCUGGGUCUCCACGAGCAGAGGGACAAGAGCAAGGCGGUCAAGAGGGGCCUGAAGAGGAUCAUCUCGCACCCCUCCUACAACGCCUACACCUUCGACUGCGACAUCGCCCUGAUGGAGCUGGACUCGCCCGUCACCUUCACCGACGCCAUCCGGCCCAUAUGCCUGCCCUCCCCCUCCUACGUCUUCCCCGUGGCCAAGUCCGUCUGGAUCACGGGAUGGGGAGCAACCAGGGAAGGAGGUUAUGGUCCCAAUGUGCUGCAGAAAGCAGAGGUGCGCAUCAUUAACGGCACGGUGUGUAACGACCUGAUGGGCGGGCAGCUGACGUCUCGUAUGCUGUGUGCCGGGGUUUUGGCUGGAGGAGUGGACGCUUGCCAGGGUGACUCCGGUGGCCCCUUAUCCAGCCUGUCCACGGAGGGCCGCCGCAUGUUCCUGGCUGGGGUGGUGAGCUGGGGAGAUGGCUGCGCCCGCAGGAACAAGCCCGGCAUCUACACCACUGUCACAAAGUUCCGCGGAUGGAUCAAAGAGAUGACCCAAGUGUAGUCCUCCAGAGAGCAUAGCAUUUGAUGAGCCAGAGGACGAAAAUAUGUUUAGGGACGACUAACUGAUUUCCAGAGACUAACUAGCUUUUUAAUAUUCCAGAAACUAAAAUAUUGACUUUGGACAUCUUUUCAGCAGAGUGCUCCCUAAUCUCCACGGUCAUGUCAUACCUCAUAUGCUAACACAUCAAUGAGAAUUUUAUCAUUAGAACAGAUUAACAAUUGUCAGGUAUCAUGGGUUAUUUUGACGUGGCCAAAAAAGCCUGACAAAAGUAGUGUGACCCACGGCACAUUUGUAAAUAGCAGGAAAUUUGAGAAUUGGUGCCAUUAGCUUUCUUUUAUGAGUUUUAAGAUGUAAAUAGACUUGUUUUCGUGAGUGUGUGUGAGGGAGAGAGAGCGAGAGAGAGUUUGUAUGUCAGAGAGAGUGAUCUGUGUUAUGUCCGUCAUGAUGUACAUGUAUGUGUAUUUGACUUAAAACAAUAUUUUGUAAAGUAAGUUAAUUGGUUCUUUGCAUGGUAACAUUAUGGAGGGACUUUGUUACAUCUUGACCAUUUGAAGGCAUUUUUUUUCCUAAUAGUGAGCACCUUGCGUGCCUAUGGUACUGUGUGUUUUUAUUUAAUACUUUUACAGCAGGGACUUUUAAUGUGUUGUGAACGGUUUUACUGUGAAUGAUUUAUGCCACACAUCUCAUUAGAUUGCAUCAGUAGGAUGACAUUUUCUUACUGAAUUUCAUAUAUGUAUGAAACACGGUGACUUUCCCUCAUGGCUAAGUGUAAAUUCGCAUCUUAAAUCACGCAUAUGACUUUUGUCCUUUUAAAACCUUUUUAACUGUGGGUGAUACUUUUCUAACAACUCGUAAUUCAUUUGGUUAACCAGCUACUUCUCCAUGACCAAAUAUUACUCCAAAGGGGGAUAAGCUGGAUUUUUUAAAAAGUGGUAUCAGUGUUUCCACUGUCGUUUUUGUAAAUCGCUUGAAGAGGUUAAGAUAAGCAUUUUAAAAUGAAACUAUUAGCUGUAAAAUUGUAUUGCUUUAUUUUUUCCCAUUUUCUCUCUUAAGUGAUUUGCACCUCGGCUGCAAGUACAGCAUUAUAGAAAUAAUGUUGUUGAAUAAUGUACAAUAAAAUUGUCUUUUAUUCUUAA